CGUCUGAAAGUGCAGUCUUCGCUCUCGCUUGUGCACGUACUCUUCAACGUUCAGCUUAGUGUAAAGCGAUGCUCUGGAAGAUUGCGGCAAACAGGAGAUCUGCGUGUUGCAGCGACCGUGGAUUUUUAAGCUUAAUGGUAUUACCAGGGUUGCCGAUUUAACUCGCAAGAGCGUAGGAAGUAUUUUUUUGUUACAUCCAGCGCUGCCGUGAAAUGACAUUGUGCGUUCGGACGCCAUGGGGCCGAUUUUCAUCUGUCAGCACCACAGAAGCUCCGACUUAACAGCCCUCAUCACGCUGGUUUUCUUUGUAUUGCUAACGGUCACACUCAGUGCAAGACAUCUCGGCUACGACCCACGCGCACUCCUGUCCGGUGGUUCUGGUGGUUUUCGACAGCAAUGUUUGGGCGAGCAAGAUCAACGAAAAGGCUUCGAGCGAUAUGUCAACCUGAACGAGUCCACGAAAAACAUAUUCUUUCUUGAGACUGCCGGCGCUUCGUGCAUCAACGAACGAGCGGCUUGCUCCAUCGAAUCCGCAGCUCUUCGGCAUCCCUACUACACCGUCUGGCUCCUCACCAUUCUGGACAUGCGAGACUGCAGGCCCCUGAGGAACUUGCAACAGCUGCCAAACUUCCGACUGCUUAACAUCAACCUAAACUCAAUGGUCAAGGACAGUGUUCUCGUGCACUGGUAUCUCAAGGAUGACUGGAACCAUAGUCCCUUUCGUGUCAACCAUUUGAGCGACGCCUUGAGGCUGCUCGUGCUGUGGAAGUACGGUGGGGUCUAUGCCGACAUGGACGUCCUGACCCUCAAGAGCUUCAGUGAACUACGGAACGUCGUCGCUCGAGAGCUCUUCCCUGACGUAGGCAACAGCGUGAUGGUCUUCGACAAGGGUCAUCCCUUCCUUUCGCGUUGUCUUCAAGAAUUCAGUAGCACGUACAAGGCGCGCAAGUGGGCCCACAACGGCCCCAGGCUUCUCGAGCGUGUGCUGUCUUGGUUCUGCCCGAGGAACCUUCUCGGCAAGGUGCCCCUUGUCCCUGAUAGCAAAGCCAUGAAGCUGGCAGGACCGCCCUGGAACACAACAUGCCUGGUACGGACCCAAAACCGUGCUUAG